CGGUUUUAAUAACAUACCCCACCCUUGUAUAGACACAUAUACUACUUCCAUACAGUAUAAACAUUUAAAUCAAUUUAAGUAUUAUCAACAUAUCGGAGUACCAUUAUCAUCAUAAGAUAAAGCUAUCACAGAGAACGCCUACGUUCUACUAUUGUGUUAAUGUUUGUAUUCGCCGAACAACACCAGGAAAGAUGACAACUCCCAUACAAGAAGAUGAGAUGAAAACCUUGCAGAAAUGGAUUGGAGGCAAGGUAAAAUUCACUCUGCUAUACAAAAUCAGCCGAGAUGGAUGUGACGCCUGGACUUUCCACACCAAGUGUGACUGUAAGGGUCCGACCGUAACCGUCAUCUACAACACCAAAAACACCGUGUACGGGGGAUAUACCUCAAAAAGCUGGCUGGGUGCUGGGAGUGCACAUUAUGUUUAUGAUCCAAAGGCAUUUUUAUUUCAACUGAGAUAUAAUGGAAAACGUGUAGACAAAAAAUAUUCAAUCAAAACAGGUGAAUAUGGAAAUGCCAUUCAUUGUUGUCAUAACGUUGGUCCCGUGUUUGGAGGUGGACCUGAUAUGCCUCACAUUGCUGCAAACAUUGAUCCUGCGAACGGCGUUUUCACUUUGAAAAGCUGUACACUAAACAAAACAUAUGAUAUGAAAGGGGAUGACCUCUCGGCAUUUUCUGACGAUAUUUUAGAAGUGAGAGAUUUGGAAGUAUAUAGAGUUGACGAAGGGAUGUUUGAACCCGGACUUAAUACUUGGCGAGCCAGCCCGGAGUGGGACAAUAAGUACUUGCAAAGCUUAAGAAAAGAAGUCGAGGAAUACUGCCCACUGGAAGAAACGUGUGUUGAUCAAGUGAAGGUUCUUCUCGUCGGACAAGUUGGAGCGGGGAAAUCCAGCUUUUUCAACACGAUUAACUCAAUAUUCAAAGGUGCUGUGACAAGCCAAGCUAGCUCCGGAUCUACGGAUAGGAGUCUUACAACAAAGCUACGGAUGUACCAGGUGCGGAAAGGUAGAUCCGGGCGACCAUUAAACUUCCGGUUGUGUGACACAAAAGGACUGGAAAAGGACGACGGUAUAGAUCCACAGGAAUUCUGCUAUAUGUUAGAUGGAAACAUGCCAGACAAGUACACGUUUAAUGCAGCCUCCUUGUUAAGUCCUGACACCAUUGGCUUCAACAAGACCCCCUCCUCCAAGGACAAGAUCCAUGUAGUGGCUAUCGUCGUUGAUGCAACAAGUGUAGAUGUAUUGCCGGAAGAGAUAAUACAAAAAAUAAAAACUUUACAAGUGAAAAUUAACCAAAGAGGAAUUCCACAGGUUGUUCUGAUGACGAAGAUCGAUAAGGUUUGUGAGACGUUACAGAGAGAUGUCUCCAAGACCUUCUGUAUUCCUGCUGUCGGAGAGCUUGUAGAAAAAGUAGCGCUGAUAUUCGGACUUCCACGAGCUCACAUCGUUCCUAUUAAAAAUUAUGAGAGUGAAAUGGAGCUCAAGUCCGAUAUCAACACACUUGCACUGCUGGCCUUGAGGCAAAUAUUGAAUUUCGCAGACGACUACCUGACCAACUAUCUUGAUGAGUGAUUGAAAGUUAAUUUGAAUUCAAUUCAGUUGUAUUUUGUCUAUUAAACUAUAAUACCAAAACUUCACAAUAUAACUUGAGUAUGUGAUUUCUUCUUUCCGGUCCAUUCUACCCGGGAACGUAACACAGCAUGGACAGAGCUCUUCAUGUUUAAGAACCAGUCAAACCGGUAUAGAGUAGACUGAGCCAGCUGUUGUUGUUCUGUCGUACAGAGUAAACGACUCAUUUAAUUAUCUAAAGAUCGUUUUAUAGAGAAAUAUAAGUAUAAGCAUGUUAUGGCAUGUCAAACGUUGCAAUAUUUGAAGUUUUCCAUUUGUAUUGUUUAACCUUUCAUUUACAUUGGGGUUUUUUUCAUUUGUAUUGUAUAUUUUCCACUUGUAUUCUAAAUUUUCCAUUUCUGUUGUAUAAUUUUUCAUUUGUAUUGUAUAUUUGUUUUUCAUUUGCAAUGUAUAAUUUUCCAUUUGUAUAGUAAAAAUGUGCAUUUGUAUUGUAUAAUCUUUAUUUGCAUUGUAUAAUUUUCCAUUUGUAUUGUAUCCGAGGGAGUGUUUACUUUGGUUUGCUAAAGAGGAUUUGAUUGGCGUGAAUUAUGGUUCGACACCUGUGGGAUCCGAGUUAGAAUAGGUCCUCAGUACCCCAUGUUUGUUGUAAGAGGCGACUAUAUGUAAACGGGGUGGUCAUUCGGAUGAUACUGCAAUAUCCGAGGCCCCGUGUCACAGCAAUUGUGGCACGAUAAGGAUCUCUCCCUGCUCAAAGGUUGUAAGCGUCGAAAAUCGGCCUAAAGUUUGCAGCCCUUCACCGGCGAUGGUGACGUCUCCAUAUGAGUGAAAAACUCUCAAGCGGAAAUUCAACAAUAUAUGACUAAAUAAAUUGCGGUUCCAUUGUCAAGCUUAGGAUAUAUCUCUUUCAUUACUACUGUUGACUUAUACACGUCUGUGUUAGGCCGUUCUUAACAAAGUGAUUUUGACUACGGAUUACACCAUUAACCUGAUCAAGAUAUAAGGCUCAUAGGAGGUGCGACCUGUCGACAAUGAAUGUCUACUCCUCCCAGGCACCUGAUCCCACCUCUGGUUUAUCCAGUCGUUCAUGCCCUACUCUUAUUUUUGUAUUAUCUAUAGGAGUCAUGAGAUUAAUCAAUGUACGUUAUUUUCAUUUUUUUAUAAUACAAUAGUUAACAUUACUUCCUGUUAGUUCCUUCCUAUACACAUGUGUUGGAUACAAUACUAUUUCCGCAUAGUGUAUGGAUAAACGCAUACAAUCGCUA